AUGGUUAUGAGCAUUGGUUGGAACCCGUAUUUCAAUAACACCGAGAAGACAAUUGAACCAUGGUUGCUUCAUAAGUUUGAUAAAGAUUUCUAUGGUGAAGAAUUACAUCUUCUUGUUGUUGGCUAUAUCCGGCCCGAGACAAACUUCCCAUCGCUUGAAAGCUUAAUUGCUAAGAUACAUGAAGAUGGUAAAAGAGCCGAGAAUGCGCUUGAACUUCCUUUAUAUGCCAAGUACAAAGACGAAAUGUAUUUCAAAAGCAUUGCACGGGGGCAAAAUAGUCAUUUGUGACCUCAAUUUUUAUGGUGUUUGAAAAUUAGUUGAGCAUAAACUCAUGAUAUUAAUAUACAAACAUGUACUGAUAUUGGAUUAUCAAUUUCGAAAAAUAAAUUUAAUUUGGACUUUUACAAUGAGAUGGUGGCAUGUAUAG